GGUGCCGCGGGGCCACCAGCACACGCCUGGGCUGGACCUAGGUCCCGCCUCUGGCUGGGAAGGGGGUCGGGCCCAGCCCUUCCACCCCAUUGGCAGCUCCCCUCACUUAAUUUAUUAAGAAUUUUUUUUAACAAAUAUGAGGAAAAAAAGGAAAAAAAAUGGGAGACGGGGGAGGGGGCUGGCAGCCCCUCGCCCACCAGCGCCUCCCCUCACCGACUUUGGCCUUUCUAGCAACAGACACAAGGACCAGGCUCCGGCGGCGGCGGGGGUCACAUACGGGUUCCCUCACGCCUGCCAGCCGCCCGCCCGCCCGGCGCAGAUGCACGCGGCUAGUGUAUGUACAUAGACGUUACGGCAGCCGAGGUUUUUAAUGAGAUUCUUUCUAUGGGCUUUACCCCUCCCCGGAACCUCCUUUUUCACUUCCAAUGCUAGCUGUGACCCCUGUACAUGUCUCUGUUUAUUCACUCGGUUAUGAUUUGUAUUUUUUGUUCCUUUUUGUUUGUUUUUGGUUUUUAAUUUAUAACGGUCCCACUCACCUCUAUUUAUUCAUUUUUGGGAAAAACCCGACCUCCCGCACCCCCAAGCCAUCCCGCCCCCCUCCAGGGACCGCCCGCCGCCGGGCUCUCCCUGUGCCCCAGUGUGUGUCCGGGCCCGGCCCGACCGUCUCCACCCGUCCGCCCGCGGCUCCAGCCGGGGUCUCAUGGUGCUCAAACCCGCUCCCCUCCCCGACAUCCUGCACUUUCUCGGACCAGUGCCCCCACUCCCGACCCGACCCCAACCCUGCCUGAGGGUGAGCGACUCCUGUACUGUAGGGGAAGAAGUGGGAACUGAAAUGGUAUUUUGUAAAAAAAUAAAUAAAUAAAAUAAAAAAAUUUAAAGGUUUUAAAGAAAGAACUAUGAGGAACAGGAACCCCGUCCUUCCCAGCCCCGGCCAAUUUUAAAAACACGGACCUUCACCCCCACCUUUUCUUUUUAAGCGUGAAACAGCCCAGGGCCAGGGCCUCAACUGGGGCAGGGACACCCCGGGGUGAGUUUCUCUGGGGCUUUAUUUUCGUUUUGUUGGUUGUUUUUUCUCCUCGCUGGGGCUGCGGAGGGGUGGGGGGUUUACAGUCCCGCCCCCUCGCACUGCACUGUCUCUCUGCCCCAGGGGCAGAGGGGUCUUCCCAACCCCACCCCUAUUUUCGGUGACUUUUUGUGUGAGAAUAUUAAUAUGAAAAAUAAAAGCAGAAAAAAAAUCCUGUUUUGGUAACGUGCUGGUGAUAGCAGGGAGAGUAUCGGGAGGAGGGCCGCAUGAUCGUGAUUGAUGGGGAGGACUGCGCAGACCCCGGCGAGCGUGAACCCCUCCCCGGAGGCGCCUGUGGAAUGUCCAGGGCUCUGGUCCGCUCCUCGGGAUGGGGGGGUGCCUAAUCCUGGAGUUGCAUUCCAGGAUAAGGGGGGUGGGGAGAGGCCGGGCCGGGGGAGGGGCAGGAAAGAGGGCUAUAAGGGCAGCAGCCCAGGCGGGCUGGAGCCAGGCAGGCCAUGGCGGAUGUCCCGGGGGCGCAGCGCCCGGUUCCCGGCGGUGGCGGCGGCGGUCCGGAGCCUCGGGACCCACUGGACUGCUGGGCCUGCGCUGUGCUGGUGACGGCCCAGAAUCUGCUGGUGGCUGCCUUCAAUCUUCUCCUGCUGGCGCUGGUGUUGGGGACCAUCUUGCUACCCGCUGUCACCAUGCUGGGCUUCGGCUUCCUCUGCCACUCUCAGUUCCUGCGCUCCCAGGCGCCCCCUUGCACCGCGCAUCUGCGGGACCCGGGGUUCACGGCCCUUCUGGUCACCGGAUUCCUGCUCCUCGUGCCGCUGCUCGUGCUUGCUCUGGCUAGCUACCGCCGCCUCUGUCUGCGCCUCCGCCUAGCCGAUUGCCUUGUGCCCUACAGCCGAGCUCUCUAUCGGCGCCGGCGCGCCCCGCAGCCACGACAAACGCGGGCCUCACCCGGGUCCCAGGCCGUUUCCACGUCAGGAAAGGUCUGGGUAUGAGGACCCUAGUCAAGAACAACCCUGACGGCUGCCCUCCCUCCCAUUCGGCUCGAGGACUUGAAGCCUCAGGAUCUUCUGACCUGCCCUGCCCCCAAGGCCCUGACCUUGGGGAACAGCAGCAUCAGUGGACCCAAUGCUGGUGAAGAUCGCCGCACCUCAGAAAACCUGCUUUUUCUCACUACCCACACCUAAAUCCUGAACAUCUGGGCUGGAACCCGCACCCCUCCCC